GUGAAAAGAAGAAAUCAAAUAAAAACUUCUUUGGAACUCAGUCCGAGCAAAAACCUGGCUUCGGGUCCCCAGUGGAAAUUCAGUGAUAACAGCCGCAGAACAUUAAACUGGAUCAGCAAAGCACUGAGUCACUGACUGAGAAUGUCCAAGAGACUGGGUGGAGUCUGCAGGUAAUUGAUGCUGAAACUUUUAAGGAGCAGUAAGCAUUUUCCCUGCCCUAUCUCUCCCCCACAUUACCCCUCCGAGAACCUAGCGGGCUGUCCGCUGGAGGGUUUGUUCGCGAGGGCCAGAGGAAUCGCUGAACCGUCCACCGCCACAAAUGCCUGAACCGAAGAAAAAGGACAAGUACGUCCUCCUGGACGAUGACUCGGAGUGUGAGACCGAGGAGUUCAAUAAGAUGAAAAUGUCUUGGAUGGACACCCGCUCGGUGAAAGACGGGAAAAAAUACACAACUUGCAGAGCUGGCAGAUGUUCUGCAUGGUGUCAACCGCAGUGGAUCUGUCACACAAUCUUCAUCUUUGUCCUACUUGUUUCUCAAGUAUUUUUGUUUCUGUACGUACUGAGGCAACAAUGGGAGCUAGAAAUAUUAAAACUGGAACGAGGUGUCAGUAAACCGCAAGAAGCCAUUCACCAGUUCGACAAGCAACUUUACAAUGAAAUAAACAAAGUGGAAGGAAAUGCAAACAUAGCAUCUGACCCAGAGGAACCACAUGACAAGGUAUCACCCUCCGUUUCCCAAAACAAAACCUUGGCAAACGGAGAGCCAGCAGAAGCACAAGUGUAUAAUUUACAGGAAAUACAAGCUCUGGAUAAGAAAGUUAACAUCAUGCAGGGUAGCAUCAUCCACAUCAGAGAAAAUCUGAAUUUAAUGCAGGCUAAAUGUGAAGAGCUCACCAGAAAUGUGGAAGACAAGUCAACCAAUAACCAGGAGUUUUCCAGACUGUACAAAUUGGUGUGGAAAUUGAAUGUGUCUACAGUUUCCAGUACCCUGGAAAUAAAGGAUGAAAUUCAUGAACUUCGCAACCUAACAGCUGAACUCACCCAACAGUUCAGAUCCAUGGAAACAAAUCUGCAUUCUCUUAGAGACCUGACAAACACACAGGUUACUGAACUAGAGCAGUUUGAAGAAUCAUUGGAAAGAAUGCACAACGUGUCAGAGAAUUUAAAAUCUCACCAAAGUCAACUAGAACAGGAUUUGGAUAGCAAUUUCCAACAGAUCUCACAGUUGAAGGAUGAGAUUUAUCAAAAAGAAGAUGCAUUGAAUCAAACAAGCCAGCCCUCUGCAACCAUGGCACAACUCCAAAUUGAAAGUACUCCAUACACACUCCCACAGCAGCUGGAAAGUUCCAAAGUCACAUCAUUAAUGAGCCAUGAGGUUGACGGAAAACUAGAUGUCCAGACACCUCCCACAGAAAACACCUCGCUUAAAUCUGUGCUCAGAAAUAUCAUUUCAAUUCCUUCAAUAACAAAUUUGAAAGCACUGAAGUCCUUUUUCUAUGGUGCAGACUGGACUGGGCAUGGCUAUCUAACGUAUAGGGACCUAGUGAAUACUCUUGGUCGAUGGGCACCAACUGAAGAAAACAUUAAACAAUUUGAUGAAAAUAACGAUGACAGAUUCUCCUAUACAGAGAUGAUAAAGGCUUUAGGCCUACAAGAAUAAAUCUGAAAAUCAACCUGAAGAGGAGAUAUCUACACAAUUAUCUUAUUUCAAAACCAGACUAACACCUACAUCAGUGCUUUGCACUAACAUUAAAGGACAUUAUCUAUAGUACAAAUUAAAGAAAAAAGUAGAAAUGCUAAUUCUAGAUUCAGAACAUAAACUCGUACUAUUUUUAGGAAGGAUAAAAUCUUUGGUUUGAAGCAUCUAAUCCAACAUUUCUUUGCAGCUAGAAUGGUUAAAUAUCACAGCUUAGGUUUAAAAAUAUUGUACAUUGAAUAGUUCCUAUAUUCAACGUAUGCUUUGUAGUUAAUUUGUUUCAUAAAUACAUAAUUUGAAAAUGUGAAUAAUUUAACAAAUAAUGAUAUAAUAAAUUUCUUGCUUUGGAAGUAAUUUUUCAUUUCAUUUACAACUUUUAAAAAACAUCCUAAAUGUUACAUUUUCAAGCAUUAUGACCUAAGUAUGUGUUCGUCAUAAAUAAAAAUAAAGCUUUUAAAAAUGCAGCUGUCUAUUUCCCUUGGGUUCUUUCACUCAUCCAGAGGAAUAUCACAGAUCUUCCAUAGUUUCUACUGUUCUUUCAUCAAUGUUAAUUUCAUUUGGGUCAGUUUUGAUUCCUUUAAAGCAUGUCUUAUCACUUUUGACGUGCUUUUGACAAGACUGGAUCAGAUUGAAACCAACGCAGUGUUAAGCUCAGUUGAAGAGUCCUGGAAUCAUAUGAACAUACAAGUGCUUGGCAGACCUUUUAGUCUUUUCAACUGACUGCCAUUUAAUAAGAUUGUGGUUUCAAAUCUACAUUAUUGUCUAACCUAAUAAUCUUGGACUCCCUUGUUAAUCAUGGCAUUAAAUAAUCGAAUAUGAAGUUGCAUUUGACUAGCGAUCUUAAUUAUUUUUGAAAAUGUAUGUAAAAAUUCUCACCUACCACACAAUAAGCAUAAUAACCUGAUCGUUUCAGCCUCAUGAACUAGAUAGAAGAAGUUGGUAACUGUUGAAGCUGUUCUCCUUGGAGAGAAGAGAGCUGCAAGAAGAUUUAAUAGAGGUUUUCAAAAUCAUGAGUGAACUAGGUAGAGUAGUUAGAGAGAUGCUGUUCCUGUUUCUAAAAGAGGCAAUGGAUUUAAAAUGAUUUAAAGGUGAUGCAAGAGGGAAAAAAAACCUUUGACAGUGAGUACUUUCAGCUAUGGUAUGCACUGCCUGGAAAUUUCAUGGAGGCACGUUCAACUGAGGCAUUCAAGAGAGCAUUAGCUGAAUAUUUGGUUAGAAAUGGUGUGCAGUGAUAUGGGAAAAAGGUAGAGAUUGACACCAGGUGCUAAUGAUGAUGAUAAUAAAAAAAACUAAGUAAGAGGCCAAAUGGUCUCCUUCUAUGCCACAACAAUUUUAUGGUUCUGUGAUAUUUUAGCCUUACUAUUUUCUGGUUCAGUAUUAUUAUUUCCCUGUUCCCUCGUUGUCUAAUUAGCCAGGUUAAUUUUGGCUUCUUUCUUCCUGAUCCUAUAUCUAAAAGUGCUCUUGCUGUCAUGAUAUUACUUGCAAUUUACCUCAUAGGUUACAUUCUGCCACUUUUUUUUGGUUUUCAUGCUUGUUUUCUUUCCUAAUCCUCUAGCGUACUACUAAUCUUUGCUAAAAUUGUAUGUUCAUUUUAUUUCAAUUUGAUGUUAGCCUUAAGUUUGCUGGUUAACCAUGGUGGGCUUAUCUCUUUUCUAGAAUUCUUACUUCUCUCUAGGAUAUAUCAUUGUUGUGAGGCACGAACUAUUUUCUCAAUUAUCUGCCAUUGUUUCUCACCUUUGCUGAUAAACUCCUUUCCAAGUCGACUCCAGCCAGCUCUGCCUUCGUUUCAUUAUAAUUACCUUUAUUUAAGCUUAACACAGUUGUUUCUGACCCAGUUCCCUCCGCUCAGACUGAAUGCUAAAUUUGAUAUUGUGGUCAGUGUUUCCCAGGUGAUCAUUUAUCCUGACAUCAUUUAUUAAAACUGCCUCAUUACAUGUCAAAAAUCCAAAAAGCCUGAUCCCUGCACACUGCACACUUGGGUAGAACAGUUGGCCAUAGUUUCUCAAUUUCAACAAAUCAGCAGUUGCUUGAGCAAAUGUUUCAUAAUCAGGGCAUUUCAUAAUAUGCACAGUUUCUUUUUAAAAAUACAAAAAAAAAUGUGAUGUACUAUUAUCAAUCUUUAUAGUCAUCGUGGUAACACUUUCAACUCUGAAUCAGUUAGCACAGACAUCGUAUCUGUAAAACUAGUGCAGUACUGAGGCAGCAUUGCACUGUCAAACCCGCCAUGUUUCAGAUGUGACAUUAAAUCAAGGCUCCAACUUCCACUCAAAUGAUUGUAAAAAAAUCCCAUGGCACUAUUUUGAAGAGAAUAAUCUCCAGUCUCCUGGCAAUAUUCAUGUCUGAAACAACAUAACAUAAAAACAGAUUCUAGUCAUUAUCACAUCACAGUUUUUGGGAGUUCACUGAAUGAAAAUUCGCUGUCCCAUUUCCUACAUUACAGAAGUAGCUCCACUUCCAAAGUGCUUAAUUGACCAUAAAGCACCAAGAUGCCUGGUGGUCAUACAAACUGCUGUGUAUGUACAAGUGUUUAUUUCUUGUUGUCUUGGUGCAGGUACUGUGUGGAUCAAUCUUUUUAAUAUUAGCCAUUCAAUUGUUCUAAAGUUCAUUUAAAAAUAUAGUAGCAGAUAUAUUUUGUUCAUGUGAAUAUGUACUGUAAUAAUUGUGGAGCUGAUUUACUUC